AUUAUCUUGAACUUCAAAUUAUGGGGUGUUUCCUUGCCUGUUUUGGUUUUACCAACAAAAGAAAGAAGCGAAAAUCUGCCGACAAGAAACAUGGGAGUUAUGAACCAUUGGAUUCAUCUGUAUCUAUAGUAAGACUUGUCACUGCAGAGAAUCUAACUACUAGUGCAGAUUUUGAGCCCAGGCACAAGCCGAAGGAGCAACUCAGCUCGAAAAUCCGCAAGAAAGUUAGGUUUAAUCUAAAUGUGCAGGCCUAUGAGCCAAUCUCCACAUCUUACCAUUUCUUGAAGGAUGAAGAGGAUGAGAAAGUGGAGAAGAAACACGAAGAAAUCAAAGAAGGAAGCUUGUCUACUUCACUAUUUGGAAGCGGCUCUUCCAACUUAAACUACAGAUACCAAAAUUGUAGAGAUUUUUAUGAUGAUAUUGCAUUCGAGGACAGUGAUUUGGAUGACUAUGACAUUGAUUAUAUCGAUGACAAUGAUGAUGAAUACGAUGGAGAUAGUGAUAUUGACAGCCAAAGAGUAAGCAAAGACGGUAUGAGUUCAGAGAAGAAGGUUUCUUCUGAUGAACAUGCUGAAGAAAAGGCCAAGAUUUCUGAUAAGAGUGACUACGCACAUUCUGUACUGAAACCUGUGGAAAAUCUAACUCAGUGGAGAGCGGCAAAAGCGAAAGCAGCAACACCAUCUAAGCAGCAUCAAAGGAAGGAGAAUAACUUAUUGUCUCAAGAAUUCUCAGAACCGUUACUUGUCCAAGAGAGACAACCCCGUAACCAGUCCAAACCUCUUCUUCAAGAAAUCGCGGUUGAUUCAAGCCUUUCGAGUUGGUUAAGUUCUCGAAAUACUUAACCACUUGUAUUGCUUCUGAAUCAUGUUACCCACCAAAGAAAGUAGGAUAAAUCAGAUUAAUGGAAAGUUAAGAGAAAAGAUAUCAGUGUCAUCAAUAAAACAGGGCCCAAAAAUCGGGAACUUGGCCUACUUUUUUUGGUGAAAAAAAUCCUCAAGGAUGGGGAAACACUUCAUAUUUUGAUACAAAGGUGAAGAAAAUCUUUGCAACAGUAGAAACUGAGGCUAGUUUUUGUCAUCUUCCCGGCGCAAAUACCAACAGAGUGAGAAUUUAUGGGCGUGUGUUGUUUUUUCUUGUGUUUGUGUGUGUGUGCUUGUCUUUAAUGCUCUUUUUUUAAUGCCUCAUGAAUGCUCGGUUGUGAACUGCUGUAAGAUUUAGCUUUUCACUGUUUGUU